GCCAUCCACUCAGCAAGUAAGUUCCGGAAGGUUUUUGCAAUGGGCGACUGUUGCAGCAGCCUGGCACUUUGCGAAGCGGACAAGCUCGAGAAGCCCCUGUCCUUCGCCGAGUACGUCGAGGUCGACGCCUCGCCCUUCCCCACGCGGCCCAAAGCCGCCUCCGCGGGUUUUCCGCGAGGGGCCACGCCGGAGCAGCUGCUGGAGCUCCUGCGGCAGACGCUCAAGGCUCGGCAGCUACAGAUGAAGGACCUGCCCGAGCCGAAGUCUUCAGAGUUCACCCAGCUUUUGCAGGAGCUGGGCUUCGAGUCAGCACUGGAUCGGGUGAAGUUGGGGAAGAUGGUGACCCGCGAGCGAACGGGCGAGGCCGCCAACGUGGCCAACGCGGAGAGCUCGGCGAACGUCUCCUUCGACACCUUGGAGUAUGAGGAGAUGUCCAGACUGCAGAAGGCUGAGGCGAAAUACCUGAUUAAGGACUUCGUGAAGUGCAUGAUUCAGGGCCGCUACCUACAGACUGUGAAAGCUGGUAGCGGCGAAAUAGUGGACUGCCUGGCGACGCUCAACAAGAAGGUGGAUCGCCUGGUGUUGGCGUGCGGCCAGGCCGCCAGCGAGGUGCGCCUGGCGGAGAUCAGCGAGGUGACCGUCAGCUCCGAGGGCGUGUCAGUCCUGGGACUUGGUGGGGAGAUCCCGCUGCUUCUGCCAGAGGAGGAGCGGGAGACCUUUGCCAACGCCCUGGCCAUUUUGGCCCACCGGGCGGCGCGCACCGAGAAGUUGCAGUGACCCGCCGGAGUGAGCCUGAGCCGGAUCCAGAUCUCCAUCCAUGGAUUCCAACCACGAGUCCCGUGCUAAAACGUAGAUGCGCCUGGUUGAUUCCCAUCCCACA